GCGGGCAGGCCGGGCAUGGCGUCGAUGGCGGCGGCGAUCGCGGCCUCGCGCUCGGCGGUCAUGAGCGGGAACCGGCCUCUGGACGACCGGGAGCGGAAGCGCUUCACCUACUUCUCGUCGCUGAGCCCCAUGGCCAGAAAGAUCAUGCAGGACAAAGAGAAGAUCCGCGAGAAGUACGGGCCCGAGUGGGCGCGGCUGCCGCCCGCGCAGCAGGACGAGAUCAUCGACCGGUGCCUGGUGGGGCCGGGCGCCCCCGCGCCCCGCGCCCCCGGGGACUCGGGGGACUCCGAGGAGCUGGCGCGCUUCCCCGGCCUGCGCGGGCCCACGGGCCAGAAGGUGGUGCGCUUCGGGGACGAGGACAUAACUUGGCAAGAUGAGCACUCUGCCCCUUUCUCCUGGGAAACAAGGAGUCAGAUGGAGUUCAGUGUCUGUUCUUUAUCCAUCCAAGAGCCAGGCAGCGGCAUGGCCAGCGAGCCGAGACAGCUGUCGAAAGCCUCCCAGGGCUCACAGGCCCUCCGGCCCUCCCAGGGCAGCAAGUCCUCCAGCCUCGACGCCCUGGGUCCUGCUCGGAAGGAAGAGGAAGCUUCCUUCUGGAAGAUCAAUGCAGAGCGGUCCCGGGGAGAGGGGCCCGAGGCUGAGUUCCAGUCGCUGACCCCCAGCCAGAUCAAGUCCAUGGAGAAAGGUGAAAAGGUCCUGCCCGCCUGUUAUCGGCAGGACCCUGCCCUGAAGGACAGGGAGGCCAAGGUGGAAAGGCCCAGCACCCUCCGCCAGGAGCAGCGUGCCCUUCCCUGCGUCAGCGUCGAGCACGAGAGACCCCAGCCUGUCCAGGCCUGCACCAGCACGGUGAAGGAAGCCACCCCGUCCGAGCCCGUGGGGAAGCUGCCCUCUCCUGAGGACCAGCAGGAGGAUGUGGAGGAUGUGGAGGACCCUCUGUUCUCGGAACCCAUGCCGACACAGGUCACCUCAAGUAAUGUCGUCUUGAAGACAGGAUUUGAUUUUCUGGACAACUGGUAAAAUGUAUUAGACCAAAAAAAAUAUUAAAACCAAGAACCCCUAAGUGUUUUCCAAAGUGGUGUGGCGGAGGAGGAUAAAAUGGGCAAUAUUUCCCUGUGUAUUUUCCUGGUUUCUGUACACUUUUUUCUUAAUCAUUUGGAAACUGGUAAAUAUUGCCUUGUCCAGAUUUUCAGAUUUUUCUCUUUUUGGUAAGGCCAGAUAUAUAUAUGCUAUUUUCAAUGAUUUGAUAACAGAAGUUUUGCAUUUGGAAUUUUUUAAGACUUAAGGAAUUCCGUUGAUCUUGUACAUAAAGCUUCUGUUCCCAGUUCCACCCAAUUCUCCCUCCACUCAGAGAAGGAGGUUUCUCAUCGUGUCACAAAAAUCGUAAAAACGACUUCCAUCUCUUUCCCCUUUA